AUGGCACAGGUCAGCCAGAGACCAAACAGGCUGAGGGAAGAGCUGAGCUGCAUGCUGGUUGGUGAUGGAGCAGUGGGGAAGACCAGCAUGAUUAUCAGCUACAUCUUCAAUGGAUACAACAGCGAGUACAGGCAAACAGCUUUUGAUGUUUUCACUGGUUUGGUUCAUGUGAAUGGCAUCCCGACUAGAAUCAAACUGAUAGACACAGCUGGACAGGAGGAGUUUGGCCAUCUCCGCUCUUUGUGCUAUGCACAUGUGGAUGUCUUCAUCCUCUGCUUCAGCCUGGUUAACCCUGUCUCCUUUGACAACAUCACCUCCAAAUGGAUCCCACAGAUCCGUGCCAGCAACCCAACCUCUCCCAUUAUUCUGGUUGGAACUCAGUCAGACCUUCGCCACAACGUGGACAUCCUUAUUCAUCUGGAUAAGCGGCGCACCAAACCAGUGAACUUUGGCCGGGCCAGAAGGCUGGCAAACAGAAUCAGAGCUCAUGACUACUUGGAGUGUUCGGCUCUAACACAACACAACCUCAAAGAUGUGUUCGACUGUGCUGUAUCUGCUGCCAUUGAGCACAAGCACACUGGUACUAAAUCUAAAAAGCUCAGCCUGCUGAAACGUUUAAAGACUUUUUGUGAUUGUGGAUGGAGGAAGAUCUACAGGUACAUCUGAUGUGGAAUCAAAGAGUGGUUUGUUUUCAGACUUUUAUGACAAACCAUGCAUUUUCAUUAAAAUAUCUCUCUGCAAAAUAUGGACUGUGCACUAAAAGAACAGGACUUAAAACCUGUAUUGAUGUCUUGGUUUAAAGUCCUGUAAUAAAUGUUGUAAUGAGUAUUUUAAGACAGUU